ACGCAAAGAAUAAGAUACGCCCAUUAUAUUCUCUUCGAAUCAAUUAGGGUUGCCCUAACCCUAGAAUUCAAUUUACACAACCCAAUUUCCCUUCAAUUUCAUCUUUUUUCACAGUGAACUUUUCAAUUCAAUCGACUUAACGACUUCGCAACUCAACUCCGGCCCGGAAUUGGCACAAACAAUGGAUUCUCAAGGGCAAAGAGGGCAAAACAACCCUAAAGCCAUGCUUACUUCGAUUCUGGGGAAAAGGCAGAAGCUGCAGGAAGAGCUUCGUUCUAUCGAAAAACAAGUCUAUGAGUUAGAGACAAGCUACUUACAAGAAUCAAGCAAUUUCGGAAAUAUCUGGAGGGGUUUUGAAGGUUUUCUUUCGUCUACGAAAAACACCACGAACAUGAAGAGAUCGAAGAAGUUUCAGCUUGAGGAUAGGCUAUUCUCACUUUCUUCAGUUACCUCACCUGCGGCAGAAGAGCUAGGAAUUGGAAGAGAAGACGGAAAGUCAGAUUUGGGUCAGGGUCGACCGAAGGGUGGAGCCCUAACAUCCAAUGGACCGGGAAAACCAAAAAGGGGAAGAACAGGGCCACGAGAUGGAAAAAAAUUUAGGAUUUCAAGCGAUUUGGAUCCUGAUGAUGAAGAUGAUCCUGAUAUGGGCAUGAGAUAGCUGCAUAGUUUGCAAUCGAAAUUCAAACAUUGCAUGUAACAUUGUUGUGCAUUAGGAGUGGCAGUAACCUUCAACAAGUCAUUGUAACUUAUUUCUCAUGUUCGAAAUUUAUAUAUAUUUAGCAGAUUCUUAUACAUGUAUGUGUAAACGCUCCCCCCCCCCUAGCUUGAUUAUACAGCAAUGUAAUACCUGAUGGCGAUAACCAUCCACAUCCAUAAUGUAUUUUUGGAAAAGUGAAACUAUAUUUGGUGUGAA